GGGAGGAGGCCCAACUGGUGAUGCUGCUGCUGCUGCCGCCGCCGCCGCCUCUAUUGCUGAUACUUUAGCGGGGCUGGAAGGGUGGUUCCUAUUCGCACUAUCGCCAACCAGAGACAGAGAGGAAAAAAAAAAAAAAAACCGGCAGCCGCUGCUGAUGUUGGGUUCGGAGGCUGCAUCCGACUCGGUCACAAGGAAAAUGGAUUCAGUUUGCAUCUCUCCCUCCUUUAAACAGCUUCUCCGGGUCUCAGCAUGAGUAUAGUCCUUCUACUUAUAUAUAAGACAGCCUCAGGAGGUAUUCCAAAAGGCAUUGUUAGUAUAGGAGAUGACAGCUCCAUGCAUGUUGUUGCCCCUGAAGACCUUCUAGCGGGACAAGCUGUGACGAUGGAAGACAGAUACUAGUGAUCCUGACCCCUGACCCUGUGCAGGCCUAAGGAAAUGUGGGAACUGAUAUAGCCAAGCUGCAGACUAACAGAAGCCAUUAAUCCAGUGUCCGUCAUAAACCUCAUCUAUCUGGAGUCUAUGAAAGGGAAGUCUGGAUCCUUGAGAGUCUUCUACCUCAGAGGGCUUCCAGGGCAGCGGUUGAGGAGACCUUACCAAGGAGCACCACACAGUAGAUGCUGAGACAUCGUACUCCAGGAUAAGAAACAGUAACAUGGCAGCACCUGCUUGAAAGAAAUUAAAAACCAACAGACUCCAUUUAGAAAGGAACAAUGUCCAAAAAAGGGCGAAAUAAGGGCGAGAAGCCCGAGGCACUCAUUGUUGCCCUUCAAGCUGCCAAUGAAGACCUCAGGACCAAGCUCACAGACAUUCAGAUAGAGCUGCAUCAAGAGAAGUCCAAGGUAUCAAAGCUUGAAAGAGAGAAGACUCAAGAAGCGAAGAGGAUUCGUGAGCUGGAGCAGCGCAAGCACACGGUGCUGGUGACAGAACUCAAAGCCAAGCUCCAUGAGGAGAAGAUGAAGGAGCUGCAGGCUGUGAGGGAGAACCUUAUCAAGCAGCACGAGCAGGAGAUGUCAAGGACGGUGAAGGUGCGUGAUGGAGAGAUCCAGAGGCUCAAGUCUGCUCUCUGUGCUCUCCGUGACGGCAGCAGUGACAAAGUAAGGACAGCGCUCACCAUUGAGGCCCGGGAAGAGGCCCGGAAACUGUUUGAUGCAGAGCGUCUUAAGCUCUUACAGGAAAUUGCGGACCUGAAAACGGCCAAGAAGCAGGUGGACGAGGCUCUGAGCAAUAUGAUCCAAGCAGAUAAAAUCAAGGCUGGGGACCUUCGGAGUGAGCAUCAGUCCCACCAAGAAGCCAUCUCGAAGAUCAAGUGGGAGUCGGAGCGGGAUAUUCGGAGGCUGAUGGAUGAAAUAAAAGCCAAGGACAGGAUCAUCUUUUCCCUGGAAAAGGAACUGGAGACCCAGACAGGCUAUGUACAGAAACUUCAACUUCAGAAGGAGGCUUUGGACGAACAACUGUUUCUGGUCAAGGAGGCUGAGUGCAACAUGAGCAGCCCAAAACGAGAAAUUCCAGGAAGGGCAGGUGAUGGUUCCGAACACUGCAGCAGUCCUGAUUUGCGAAGAAAUCAAAAGAGAAUAGCUGAAUUGAAUGCCACUAUAAGAAAAUUAGAAGACAGGAAUACCUUGCUUGGAGAUGAACGAAAUGAACUGUUAAAACGCGUGCGGGAAACUGAAAAGCAAUGUAAACCUCUCCUGGAAAGGAACAAGUGCCUCGCCAAGAGAAACGAUGAACUGAUGGUGUCCUUGCAGCGCAUGGAAGAAAAACUAAAAGCCGUUACCAAGGAAAAUUCAGAAAUGAGAGAAAAAAUAACAUCCCAUCCACCCCUGAAGAAAUUAAAAUCUCUGAACGACCUCGACCAAGCUAAUGAAGAACAAGAAACAGAGUUUCUAAAACUUCAGGUCAUUGAGCAACAGAACAUAAUUGAUGAGCUCACAAGGGACCGAGAAAAGCUCAUCCGUAGAAGAAAGCAUAGAAGAAGUUCCAAGCCAAUUAAGAGGCCUGUUUUAGACCCUUUUAUUGGCUAUGAUGAGGACUCUAUGGAUUCAGAGACAUCAUCCAUGGCCUCAUUUAGAACAGACAGAACACCAGCUACUCCUGAUGAUGACUUGGAUGAAAGUUUAGCAGCUGAAGAAUCUGAACUAAGAUUUCGACAAUUAACAAAAGAAUAUCAGGCCCUCCAAAGAGCAUAUGCCCUCCUACAGGAGCAGACAGGAGGCAUCAUUGACGCUGAACGAGAAGCCAAGGCUCAAGAACAGCUUCAAGCAGAGGUGCUAAGGUAUAAAGCAAAAAUUGAAGACCUGGAAGCGACUCUGGCUCAGAAAGGGCAGGAUUCACACUGGGUAGAAGAUAAACAACUUUUCAUUAAGAGAAACCAGGAGCUUUUAGAAAAGAUAGAAAAACAGGAGGCAGAAAAUCACCGGUUACAACAGGAACUACAGGACGCCAGAGACCAGAAUGAGCUGCUGGAGUUUCGAAACCUAGAGCUAGAAGAGAGAGAGAGACGAUCCCCUCCAUUUAAUCUCCAAAUUCACCCAUUCUCAGAUGGUGUGAGUGCUCUACAGAUCUACUGUAUGAAAGAAGGUGUUAAGGAUGUGAACAUCCCUGAUCUCAUAAAGCAGCUUGAUAUCUUGGGCGAUAAUGGGAAUUUAAGAAAUGAAGAACAAGUGGCCAUAAUUCAGGCCAGCACUGUGCUGUCCCUGGCAGAGAAGUGGAUCCAGCAGAUUGAAGGAGCAGAGGCUGCCCUACACCAGAAAAUGAUGGAAUUGGAAAGUGACAUGGAACAGUUCUGCAAAAUAAAAGGCUAUCUGGAGGAAGAACUAGACUACAGAAAACAAGCUCUUGACCAAGCAUAUAUGAGAAUCCAGGAACUAGAAGCUACUUUGUACAAUGCUCUACAGCAAGAAACUGUUAUCAAGUUUGGUGAAUUAUUAAGUGAAAAACAGCAAGAGGAGCUGAGGACGGCAGUAGAAAAGUUACGGCGGCAAAUGCUGAGGAAGAGCAGAGAGUAUGACUGUCAGAUUCUUCAGGAGAGAAUGGAGCUCUUACAGCAAGCCCAUCAGAGAAUUCGUGACUUAGAAGAUAAAACAGACAUCCAGAAAAGACAAAUAAAGGACUUAGAAGAAAAGUUUCUGUUUCUAUUCUUGUUCUUCUCUCUUGCCUUUAUUCUAUGGCCUUGAUGUCAAGGUGCCUCUUAAAGAGUAACCGAAAACAUGGAUAAGAUCCCAGAAAGACAAAUGCUUCUAAACCUUCAAAGAUGGCAAAAUUGUUUACACCAGUGAGAGGGAGAUCAAAAGCUAAGAACUACCCUGUAGCCAGGACUACAACUGUGUAUUUUAAAGCCAUUAUUCAAGGUUUCUUACUUGACAGUUCCUACACAACUCUGUUGAAAAUCUACAAUAUAUGCUGCAUUUAAUGAAACAUGUAAAUGUCAAAUCAGAAGAGAAGAACUAUAAACAUAUAUUGUGUAAAGAAAAAGUUCAGCAACGGAACUAGUUUCAGCAGAUCAAGCAAAGAUGUGUCUUGGGCAUGGAACCAAAGUUACAAUGAAACAUUCAACCCCUGCUGUGCAGGGGGGUCAUUUUAAUGUAACACCACACCCCAUGGAAACACUAGUCCUGAUAAUAAACAUUUUAAAAGAUCAAAACAAACAAACAAAAAAACAAGGGUGGGUGGGGAGUGAAGCACGAGGAAUACCUAUGAAGAGCUAUUUACAAUAAAAUGUUUCAUUUGAAAA